AUGGGAAAUCUAUCUAUUGACACUUCGACUAUUAGCAAUGACUUCCAAAACUGUCAAUAUCACAGCAACAAUGAAAAUAGAUAUAUCUCUCGCACAGUUUUUCUUUGUUCUCGCUCACUCUUUCCCUCCUUUUUCGCCCUCGCUCACUCUUUCCCUCCUUUUUCGCCCUCGCUCACACUAUCCCUCCUUUUUCGCCCUCGCUCACACUAUCCCUCCUUUUUCGCCCUCGCUCACACUUUCCCUCCUUUUUCGUCCUCGCUCACACUUUCCCUCCUUUUUCGCUUUCGCCCUCACACUUUUUUUUUUUUCCUCACCACCCUCGCCUCACUUUUUUUCUUUUUCGCCCUCGCUCACUCUUUUUUCCUUUCGCUCUCACUGACUCCUUCCUCAUCCCUACUCUUCUCCUUUACCAUAUUUCUUAUUUUACUUCUUCCUGUCUAUUUCCUUCUAUUUUAUAUCAUUUCCUUCCUUCCCCUUCCUAUAUCUUUCCAUUAG